UCUCCCGCCCUUCUCUCUCCGCCCGGCCGCCGCGAUGCCUUUGCGCCCCGUUGCCACCGCCGCUGACUCGCUCCGCCCGCGGCGCGCCGCUCUCUGCGGCGGUGGCGGCGGUCCAUCUUCUGUACUGGCCUGAAGGAGGAAGAAGAGGAAGCGAGGCGUGCCCCCCGGCCCAUGCCGCAGCCACGGGCCCCGACCCGCCACGGCGCCCGCGCCGCCACCCUCGCCGGAGCCCACGAGACCUGCAUGGACGGGCAUGGGCUUGAGAGCAGCACCUUCCUGCGCCGCCGCCGCCGCCGCUGCCGCCGGGGCUGAGCAGCGCCGCCGCCCCCGGCUCUGCCCGCCGCCGCCGCUGGCGCUGCUGCUGCUGUUGCUGCUCAGCCUCGGGCUGCUCCACGCAGGUGACUGCCAACAGCCAGCCCAAUGUCGAAUCCAGAAGUGUACCACAGACUUUGUGUCCCUGACUUCACACCUGAACUCUGCCAUUGAUGGCUUUGACUCUGAGUUUUGCAAGGCACUCCGUGCCUAUGCCAGCUGCACACAACGAACUUCAAAAGCCUGCCGUGGCAAUCUGGUAUAUCAUUCUGCUGUGUUGGGUAUCAGUGACCUCAUGAGCCAGAGGAACUGUUCCAAGGAUGGACCCACAUCCUCUACGAACCCCGAAGUGACCCAUGACCCUUGUAACUAUCACAGCCAUGCAGAAGCCAGAGAACACAGGGGAGGGGACCAGAACCCUCCCAGUUACCUUUUUUGUGGCUUGUUCGGCGAUCCUCACCUUAGAACUUUCAAGGAUCACUUCCAGACUUGCAAAGUGGAAGGGGCCUGGCCACUCAUAGAUAAUAAUUAUCUUUCUGUUCAAGUGACAAAUGUGCCUGUGGUACCUGGAUCCAGUGCUACUGCUACAAAUAAGAUCACAAUCAUCUUCAAAGCUCACCAUGAGUGUACAGAUCAGAAAGUAUACCAAGCUGUGACAGAUGACCUGCCAGCUGCCUUUGUGGAUGGCACCACCAGUGGUGGGGACGGUGAUGCCAAGAGCUUACAUAUCGUGGAGAGGGAAAGUGGCCGCUAUGUGGAGAUGCAUGCCCGUUACUUAGGCACCACCGUGUUUGUGCGACAGCUGGGUCGCUACCUCACCCUCGCCAUUCGAAUGCCUGAAGACUUGGCUAUGUCCUACGAGGAAAGCCAGGACCUGCAGUUGUGUGUGAAUGGCUGCCCCCUGAGUGAACGCAUUGAUGAUGGGCAGGGCCAGGUGUCUGCCAUCCUGGGGCACAGCCUGCCUCACACCUCCUUGGCACAGGCCUGGUCUGGUUACACACUGGAGACAGCCAACACUCAAUGCCAUGAGAAGAUGCCAGUGAAGGACAUCUAUUUCCAGUCCUGUGUCUUUGACUUGCUCACCACUGGUGAUGCCAACUUUACCACCGCAGCCCACAGUGCCUUGGAGGACGUAGAGGCGCUGCACCCAAGGAAGGAACGCUGGCACAUCUUUCCCAGCAGCAGCAAUGGGACUCCCCAUGGAGGCAGCCAUUUGCCUGUCAUUCUAGGACUCACAUGCUUGAUCCUUACUGUGUUUUUGUAGGGGUUGUCCUUUUUGUUUUGUUUUGUUUUGUUUUGUCUAUAACAAAAUUUUAAAAUAUAUAUUGUCAUAAUAUAUUGAGUGAAAGAGUAUAUAUGUAUAUACCAUGUAUAUGACAGGAUGUUUGUCCUGGGACACUACCAGAUUGUACAUACUGUGUUUGGCUGUUUUCACAUAUGUUGGAUGUAGUGUUCUUUGAUUGUAUCAAUUUUGUUUUGCAGUUUUGUGAAAUGUUUUAUAAUGUCCCUGCCCAGGGACCUGUUAGAAAGCACUUUAUUUUUUAUAUAUUAAAUAUUUAUGUGUGUACCUGGU